CAACAAUCAGUUUUAUCUCUUUAAAAGUGACACGUUCAAGUCAAUUCAAGUGAAUCCAAAAUGAAGCCAUAUCUAUUUCCAUUGCUUCUAUCGCUAUUGCUAUUCGUUAAGUUGAUCAAUUGCGAUGGAGAUGAAGAGAACGAGGACGUGACCAUCUCUGGAUUGAUGCAGAUAUUGUUUCAAAAAGCAAAUAAAAAACAGGUCGAUUUGAUGACUCACUUGAGCUUUGUAGCCCAACCAUUUCCAGAGUUUGACAUUGAAAACGUUAAUGCUGUGCUCAACAAUGAUUUAAAACAGUUUGACUUCACUGCUAAAGACCUCGCGGAAAAUGUACCAAAAACGAUGGUAUUUAAGGGUACAAACGGGUGUGACUUGUUACGGAAACAUAUGGAUUUAAUUCUGAAUCAACAGGCCGCACACUUGCAGUUGAAUCAAGAAAUAAAAGCCGAACUUGAGUUCAAUACGCUUGAUAAAAACGAUAAAUUGUUUUAUGAUUCUUAUAAGCAAUGGAUUGAGAAUGCCAUUGACAAACAGCAAAUGCGAUCUUUGGACAGUAAAAUUUCUUUCCACAUCCUUCCAGUGUAUGUGAAAUUCAUCGGCAAAUUCCGCGAAGAAUUAAACGACAUUAAAAUGGGACGCAGAAGCAUUGAUGCCAACAUCGAAUCAAUUAAUACAAUGUAUAACAGCUUAUACUUUGAUAAAACAAACGAAGAAAUUGAACAUUUAAGUCACGCAGUUAUUGAAAUGUCUCCAUUAUACACAAAAUUCGUUGAAACUCUAAGAAAAUUGAAGAAUUUUUUGAAGGAAUUCAAUAAUCAACGAGUCGCAUGGGUUGAAUAUUUUAUCGGAAUGAGAAAGAAACUUGGAGGUGAUAGAACACCUGUUGAACCGUUUACAAAAAUUUCGAAGGCUCAAAAAAUUGCCAAAGCAAUCUAUGACGUGGGAGUUGAUAAGUGUUUUGGUUCCUGUACCGGCGACAACGCCAAAGACUUUGCCAUAGGCUGUACCAAAGGGUGUUUCAAAGCAGUUGGUGGCGUUUGUGCAAAAGAUCUAACGUUAUCUCACUUCACUGUAAUAAGAUUUUGAAGUCAUGAAAUGUUCGAGAGGGGUGACAUACCAGGCGUUGUAGAGGGGACCGAGUGUAGUCAUGCCUCA